AUGAAAGGCCAGACACGGUUUGGAGUGAAGGGUAAGUUAGCACUAAGAUAUGUUGGGCCUUAUGAAAUCCUUGAGAAAAUUAACUAUCAGGUAGCCUUGCCUCCAGUCAUGGAAAAUAUGCACAAUGUCUUUCAUGUUUCAAUGCUUCGGGAUUAUUUAAGCAAUCCAUUCCAUGUUAUUGAACCAAUACAUGUACUUUUGAAGGAUGAUUAUAGGUAUGAAGAACGGCCAAUUCGCAUCAUUAACCAAAAAAUCAAAAGAUUGAGGAAUAAGGAAAUUUUGUUGGUGAAAGUUGAAUUGCAGAAUCAUGGAGGAACUUAUGCUACAUGGGAAAUGAAAGAUAAUAUGAUAAGGAGAUAUCCAGAUUUGUUUCCAUUGAACCCAACGUUCUUCCAAAAUGAAGGAUUACUGGCUGGUUACAUCGCUAAACCUAAAGGGGCGGGUUUAGGUCGUGACAUUUCAUAUCAAAAAGGCGUUGCAAGCUUGGCCAAACCCAAAUCCACACCUGUUCAUCACAGGAGAUGA